UCACAAAUCUAAUCAUAUCACAUCAAAAACCAACCUAGCUACUUAUUUUGUCAAAAAAUGUCACACAAAGAGGUUGAAAGAUUAGGCAUGAGGCACCUAGCUGGUAUUUUGACCAUUCUGAUGCUGGUAUUAGGCUCUGCAACAGGGGCCCCUUUACCACCUUGCAAUAUGAUAGUGAACCAACUGAAUCCCUGUGUUCCUUUCCUGACUAGAAAUAUGGCCACCCCAUCUCAGAUGUGCUGCAAUGGGGUGAGAUAUUUAGCAAAUUACUCCAGUAGCAAGGCAGAUAGAAUUAGUAUCUGCCAAUGCAUUGAGGGCUCUCGAUCAAUGUUUCCACUCGUUGAUUUCUCGCUUAUAUCUGACCUUCCUGCCAGUUGUAGGGUGCCCAUAACGUUGCCUAAGAUUACUCCAACAUUCGACUGCUCCACGGCCUGAAGCUAGGAGUACAUCAUCAAUGAAAUAAAAUUUGGUUCCCAUAUUAGAGAAAUCAAGUUAGCGUUAAGACGCAAGUACUUUGAUUGUCGAAAGAAGUAGAUUUUAUAAAUAAAAUGUGACUCUGCAAAUUGUCAACAAGCAAGCCUUCACUGGAAUAAAAUGUUAUGGAUUAUAUUUU